GCGCAGCACUGCAUGAUGUUUGUGUUUCCAAAGGUGAACUCAAGUGUUGUAAUACACACCCAUUUUGUCAAGACUAAUUUCUUACACGAGAACACCUUUGUGGACAUUUAACAGAAUAAUGCGAGUAGUUUUGUUCGGGACGAUUUUACUGUCAAUAGCAGUCGCUUAUUACAGUUAUCUGCCUUUACCCAGCACUAUAUCAGAACCAUGGAAGUUAAUGUUUACAGAUGCAGUAAUACGCGCCAUAUUGGACGUGAGUUUUUUAGCUCAUGAUAUUGGACUUUGUCAUCCCUUCGGUUUUGUUAAAUACUUUAUGUCAUGGAAUAAGAUACACAGUCCACAAUCCAGCCCAGGCGUCCGGGUCACAGAUACGUCAUUUGCUGGAGUGGAGGCGCGAGUGUUUGAAUCCACUUCAGAAAGCCUUCAGAAAGAUUUAAAAAGAGGAGUGGUUUAUUUUCAUGGAGGUGGAUGGGCACUUUCUAGUGCAAAGAUGCAAGCAUAUGACCUUCAGUGUAGGAAGAUGGCCGAAGAAUUGGAUGCAGUUGUUAUAUCUGUUGAGUACCGUCUGGCCCCGGAGGGACGAUUCCCCGAUCAGUACAAUGAUGCUCUUCAGGCAUCAAAACAUAUCCUGACAGCAGAGGUGUUGGGUCAGUACUCUAUAGACCCAGAAAGAGUGGCCGUGUCAGGUGACAGCGCUGGGGGGAAUCUAGCUGCUGCUGUCAGCCAACAGUUGGCCGUAGAUGUAAGUGCUCCAAUUAAAUAUAAAGUUCAAGCCCUCGUCUACCCCCUGCUCCAGGUUCUGGACCUCAACACUCCCUCCCGCCAGCAAAAUCGCAAUAUGCCUAUCCUGAAGGGUACCCUCACGGCCCGCUUUGUACUAGAGUACCUUAAUGGAUCUCAAGACCUUGUUCCCUCUUUGCUGGCUAACAGGCACUCAGCUCUGAAUCUGGGUCAGGAGGUAGCAGCCGCCAAAGCUAAGAUCAACUGGACCAAGCUUCUACCGGUGGCCGUUCAGAAGAACUUUAAGCCAGUGGAGCCGCUUCAAGGUGACCCAAAGCUGCAUGAGAUGCUGCCAGCGUUGCUGGAUGUAAGAAUAUCUCCUUUAUUGGCUGAACAGGAAGUGUUGAAGGUCGUGCCGCCCGCCUACAUCAUGACCUGUGAGCAUGACGUUCUGAGAGAUGACGGACUGAUGUACGCCAAACGACUGGAGGAAGCUGGAGUGCCUGUCACCGUUGAUCACUAUGAAGAUGGUUUUCAUGGAUGCAUGAGUUUUGCUUUUGGGCCGUCUCCAUUUGAGGUUGCAGUGCGAAGUUUUGGUAACUACAUGAACUGGUUGAAGGAGAACCUGUAGCAGAGGUUUUUUUAUUUAUGUAGAGACAAGAUGUUUCCCUUAUUAAAUAUAUGCUGGGUU